UUUUUACCCAAAAGAUUUAAAAUCCUAUUAAGUUACACAACAAAUUAGCACUGCCAUGUCUGCUGAACAAAUUCAGCUUCUGAUAAGCCAGGUCCGCCACAAAAAGAGGGAUGGUUCAUUAUAUUUGAUGAGUGAACGACUGGCUUGGUGUCCAGAGGGCAGAGAUCACUUUGAUGUCAGCCACUUGUAUUCUGAUAUUAAAUGUCAAAAAGUGAGCCCUGAAGGAAAAGCAAAGAUCCAGUUACAGAUUAUUCUUCUGAAUGAAUCUUCAUUUGUGUUUCAUUUUUCCAACACUAACACAGCAGAAGGUAAAAGUGACAGAGAGAAAGUGAAAACAUUACUUGCUCAAAUGCUACCUAAGUUUCGUCGUACAAUAGACAAGGAGUUGGAAGAAAAAAACAAGUUGCUGCAACAAGACAGCGAGCUGUUUCAAACUUAUAAAGAUCUUGUAGUGAGUGGAGUUAUUUCACCUGAGGAAUUCUGGAAUUCUCAUUCAUCUAAACUGUCAUCAUCGAAACAAAAUCUGAUCGCACAAAAAGUUGGCGUGUCUGCAGGAUUCCUCGCAGAAGUCCGUCCACAAUCAGAUGGUUGUAAUGGUCUUCGCUAUAACUUGACAUCUGAUACAAUACAUUCUAUAUUUUCCACUUACCCUGCGGUAAAACGAAAAUAUCUGGAAAACGUGCCGGACAAACUAACAGAGAAGGAUUUCUGGACAAUGUUUUUCCAAUCCCAUUAUUUUCACCGAGAUCGAACUGCGCAAAGCUCAAGCAAGGAUCUAUUUGCUGAUUGUGUCAAAAAAGAUGAACAAGAUAUUCUGUCUUUGUUGAGCUUGGGUGUUAAAGACAAGUUCAAUGACCUCACGUACUUGGAAGAUGGGGACAGUGCACAGGAUGAGGGUUAUGGAAACACGUUAAAUGAACCACUACCCGGUACUGCCAAGCCGUCAGCAUCGCAGAUCGCUCAUAAAAAUAUUAUAAAACGCUUCAAUCAUCAAAAUGCAAUGAUUCUCUCAACAAGUCUAAGACAAGAAAAAGAUGGAAAUGGUGUCACAGAAACAGAUGGUGAAGUCGUCAUCAAAAAGGCGCGCUUAAAAGAUGCAACCACAUAUUCUGAUCUUGAAUCUCCUCACAGCAGUAAUGAAGCAAUGUUAAAUAUACAGAAGAAUGAAAGGUACAAGCAUGGCCCAACUCUUGUCUGCCAAGCACAUCAAGAGUUAAACAAUGACAAUGUUCGGGAAGGCAUGAGAAUUAUUUCAUCGCAAUGUGAAAACUACAAGCCACGUCUUUCACAGGUACUUAAGCCAUCAAAUGCUGCUAACGCCCUGAAAGAACUUUCCUCUGGAAUGUCUUCCUCCUCCCAGACCUCCGAGAACGCAAUCCAACACAUCCUCUCACAAACACAACAGGAUGAACUGAAACAGCUAUAUGCUUCGUUAUCUGAACUCUUGCGUCACUUUUGGACGUGCUUCCCAGCUAACACAACAUUUUUACAGGAAAAAGUAAACCGAAUGUGCCACAGUAUUGAGACUUUUCAACAAACCAGGCUUCGAGUUUUUCAAGACCAGUUACGUAGAAGCAUGGUACAUGCUAACGUCACCGAGCACCUGGAUGACAUGAUCAGUGCAGCUUUUGCAAAGUUUAAUUCAUGGCAAUCUAAGAAGACACGCAGAUAGCAUUAACUCCAGAAUAAAUUGUAGGAAAUUUUUGCCCAUUGCCAAUACAGAAACCAUGACCUAUAAAA